AUGACAGUCUACCAGGUGAGUGGUUAUAGUGCCUACUCUCAAAAUACCUUUCUGUUUAAACGCAUGUUCCAGUUGUGAUGCCGUCUAUUGUGGCCAGACUGGGUUAUCUGCCUCAACCCGCAUACACGAGCAUCAUUAAGUGUUGAAGAGAUGAGAUCACCUAUCCCAGGUGGCAAUGCAGACACUGGACACCGGACACCAAAUUGCACGGGAGAGCACUCACACGAGUUGGUUGGGUCUGUGCGGCGCUGGUUGUAUUAGCUGGAAGGGUAAAAGAGAAGACUGCCCCACGCACAUAGAUAGAUAGAUAAGUUUUAUUAAAGACCCGUCGCGGUCCCAUCAAAGCAAGUUAAAAUAAAUUUUAUGCGAGUUUUAGACGAGGUAGGCCGAAUCUUUACAAAAUGCAAUGCAUAGUUUCUGAAUUAGAAGUCCAUUGAGAAACAUGAUGAUUGAGGGGUGAAAAAAAACUCCUUACAAAAAGUUAAAAAUGAUUGGAUUAAUUUUACAGGAGGAAAAAACCCCUCAAUAAAAAUAAUGACAGAAAAAAGCGAGCAGGACUGCCCAGUAGGUGGCGGUAUGUAACGGAAUGUUGUCGGUCAUCGUCAGGGUAGCAAUAAAUCUCAGCCUUGAGGGGUACGUAUGUGGGUCGGACAGGACUGGCCUACAUGUGGUACUCUAUACGCGAUUUAGAACCGACAUCGUCAGGGCAAGAUUGAUACGCCGGAUGAGACUAUUCGCUUCAAAGAGGCCAGACGAGAGGAACCCAGACGCGAUCGUUUACAGUACGCUUCGAGCUCAGCCGAGGAGAAGGGAAGGGAGGUACGACCGAACUACUAGUAGACGGUGAAUACUGAGGGUUUCGCUGUGAGCGCCAAGACCGCAUGAGGUCGGAAUGCGGGAAAUAACAUCAAAAACCACAAAAAUUGUCGCUAUGGGGGAGGAGUGAUAGCAGUGGAUUUAGAAACCAAUUCAAAACAGGGGUUUCUAAUGAUAUAAUUAAGAGUUACCACUAGAUCUACCACUUAAUCCCAGGAGGACCCUUCUGGAAGUCAAGUAUCAGAGUGUUCGGGAAUGAGACCGUUAACAGUGCCUUUAUGCUUUCCGGAGUAAGAUGUUUGCGUAAUUUCGACUUGAAUACCAGUAACUUAGGCGAUGACCUAAUUUCUGGCAGAAGAUUAUUACAAAGGAAGGCAUAUUUGGAAGAAAAGAAGAGGGAGCGCUUAGAUGUAGUACAAAGAGGCGGCGGAAUCAUCAUGCAGGAGUUGCGCGUGGCAUAAGACCGAUCUCUCUGAGUGAGAGGGUCAAUGUGCGGAAGACUGGAGCUAGAAUUGAUGCGAAAAAGGAAGCAAAGGCCAGCUUCGAGUCUUCUAACUCACAAAAACUUCAUGGUCGACAGAUGACAUCUUUGAGUAUUAGAAAUACCGGACAAAGCUUGAGAGAACAGUUUCCGGGUGAAAACCCUCUGAACAUUUUCGAGUUUAUUACGGUCGCAGGCGUUCAUUAAACCGAAGAAAGAACAGCAGUAUUCGAGGACUGGAAGAACAAACAUUUGAUAAAGUCUUAGAUUCAUUUCCGGAAGGAAAAAAUUAUGCGAUAUGAAUCCACAUAUCUGCGCGGCUUUGGCAGAGAUUCUAUCUGCAUGAGGUGAUAAAGCAAACUUAUUCGUAUAACUUAGACCUAGGUCCUUUAUGGUGAGGCAUUCUGAGAGUGGGUUAUUCUGAAAAAUUAUGGGACCAGGAAGUUUGGUAGGACCAAAAGACAUGAAACCACACUUGGAUGAUGAAAACUCCAUCUGCCAUGUCGAACCCCAUCUGCUUAAGCGUAGGAAAUCGGCAAUAAUUUUUUCAACACAAGCAUUUGCGGUGUCCUUAGAGUAUGAGUAAACACACUUGAGGUCAUCGGCAUAAGUAAAAGUUUGCGAAUUUCCGAGUUCAGUCGAAACAUCAUUGAUGUAAAGAAGGAAGAGUAGCGGACCCAGAACCGUUCCUUGAAGUACGCCACUCGUGAUCGAGUGGGGUGUCGAGUAGCUAUUACCGACCAUGACUUUCUGAUAUCGGUUGGACAGAUAGGACCUGAUGAAGUCGAGUAGAGGCUGCCGGAUGCCGAGAGCUUCCAAUUUUACUAAAAGACGUCUAUGGGGCACCUUGUCAAGGGCUUUGCUAAGAUCAAAUUAAAUAACAACCACUGACUGCCGCUCAUUACGAAGAGAAGUGAUUAGAUUAAGAAAAGCCAAGUGACAUGUUUCGCAUGAUCGUUCAGGUAAAAAUCCAUGCUGACUAGAGCUCAGAAGCUUUUCAAGAAGUUUUGCUAGAGACGGCGUUUUGUGCACGCCCCGAUAGUUAUUAACAUCGGACCGAGAUCCUGACUUGAAACGGGAAUGAUAAUUGACGUUUUCCAUGUUUCAGGAAAGAAUCCUUCUGAAAUAUAAACCGAGAAUAAGUGGCUGAGCAAUAUGGAAAGGUCGGACGCUUGUUUAAUAAUCGAAUUCGGAAUCCCGUCCGUUCCUGAGCAGUGUGAGUAUUUCAAACGGCUUAUGUGUUUCUUAAUGAGAUCUGAGGAGACAUCAAUUGUACUAAGUGUCCUAUCUGAAAGUGAUCGAAAGAAAGGGACCGGAUCGGACUCGGUAGCAAGGUAUUUUGCAAAGAAAGCACUAAACAACUCCGCCUUGUCAGUGUCAUCGGUGAAGAAGACUUUGCUAUCGUUUAGCUGGGGUGGAAGUUCGUGACCACGCUUAGAGGAGGACCGAUGACGGAAGAUGUUAGCGACGGAUUUGCCAGGGUUCGAACCAAUGAGAGCAAUUGAUUCUCUUUGCCUGUCGCGCGCUUGGCGCAUCCUUGAGGCCAUCUCAAAAAUUUCUGUGAUUCUAAGAUGAACUGAUAAGGAACCAGUGGAUAGGUCACGCAGAUGUCGCCUCAACUUUUUAAGCUGUUCUGAAGAAAAUGAGGAACAAGGGAAUCUGAAGAAUUAGGCUUGAGAUAUCUACGCGGCACAAACUCUAGAAUGUCCUUGGAAACAUUGGACAUGACAUCACGAAGAAUGGUUACAUUGCUACAAGUGAGGAAGCCACACCAAUCCAAGGAUCUCAUAUAGUUAUUUAUUAAUUCGCUAUCUACGCAGUCGUAGUUCAUGUAAGUCCAAAGUUUGCUUUCCUUUUUUGAAAAGGCAAGCGGUAAGCAACAAUGAAAUAAUACGUGGUCACUGUCAAAGAGGUCCUUUUUUAAAGCAACAGAAAGAGGAGCAAUGUCAUUGGUAAAGAUUGGAUCUAAAAUGUGAUUAUAUCUUGUUGGAGAGCGCACCAGUUGGGACCAAUUAGAAAAAUUGACAAUAUCUUGAAAGGGCUGGAAUCUGGGUUGGCAGCUAUUGGAAUCCCAGUCAAUUUCAGGAAGGUUAAAAUCCUCAGUGAUUAUUUUAACAUCGAAAGCAGCUUCCGAAAUUAAUUUAAAUAUUUCACAGAGUUGAGAAUCAUCACUGGCUAAAGAAUAUUGGGGAUUGUAGAUACAGCCAAUAAUUGCCUUUCUUUGUGGCGAGAGAGUAACAGAUGCAAAGCAGAAGUUUCCCGUGAAUGAGGAAACAUCAAAGUAAUAGGGAGAGUGCUUUAGGUAGGAUUUAAGAUAAAGAAGACAACCACCCCCACGCCUAGUCGUGCGGUCUUGGCGGUAAAAAUCGAAGUCAUCUAUGAGAAGGGCAGAGUCAGGAAUUAGAGAAUGUGUCCAAGACUCUGUUACACAUAUAAUAUCAGGCGUCAUUUCCAGAGCAAUGGCUCUGAUUUGGGCCAUCUUGUUUAUAGCAGACCUGGCAUUCAAUAAUAUAAUAUCCAAUGUGUUUCGAACAGCAAUGCUAUUUUCGACGGUAUUUUAAAACAUUUGGAGGCGGAUAUGUAAGUUGUGAAUUAAUGACACUUGGAGAAUAAGUACCAGUUAAUCUAGAGUUAUUGACGUACGGGGAGUCAGCAAGAGAAGGCUGAGUAUGAGACUUAAAGGAUGUGGGGAUAUAGUUUUCAAACAUUGGAAUGCUAGGGGAGUUAGAACAUGGAUAGACUUGUUGGUAGUUAAAUAAUGGAGGAAGGGGAGGAGGAGGGCGGUUAGAAGGAAAGUAGGGGGCAGUGGGUGAGGGUAGGCCGCUAUAAGAAUGAAAGGGUGGGAAACCAGGUCUAGGUUGGAAGUCAAAGGAGAUAGGUUGACGUACCUGAGGGCAAUUGGCCUUAAGUGGUGGUAAGCCUGAACUGGGUUGGGGCAUAAAUGAUUUAGGGCAAUUCAUGUAUGAAUUAUUUGAUGGAUAUAUAGUAGGGCUUUGAUAAGUAACCGGUACGCAGGACCGAGAAUUAUUUGGGGAUAUAAUUGGAGCUGCGGGGUUUGUAGACGUGCUGGGCUGAAAAGACUUGGUAGAUCUGAGAGAAGGCGUCGUACCCCUAAAUAGAUCUGUACUACCUAUCUUUUGGUUCGGAGUCUGAUUCAGUUUUGGAGUCUCACCGUUCUGACGCCAAGCCACGGGUGACUUAACUGUAGACCUUACAGCACCCAGUUGGACAACAGAAGUUAUCGGUCUAGCUGAUGUAGACGGAUUUCCAUGUGUCUCAGCGGGACUAUCCGGAGGAUACGAAACGACAAAUGGGGCUGCUGCUGCAAGUUUAGGGGCAGGCAAAUGCGUCAAGUGGCUUGAGUGAGAUGGAGAUGUAGGAGAAAGAGGAAGGAGGGAGUCAGAUGUCGCAGGAGUAGGAGAAGCUGAAUCUUCACGGCCAUUUGUAUUAUGACCGAAUUGGUGAGCAUUAGACUGAGAAGCAGUGGGUUCACGUGAGAAUAGAGACCCGAUUCUACGCUCCAUAGGAGUAAGUUCAUGACAAAGGAAAAAUUUUGCCUUUUCUAGGUACGCAGUGACACGCUCUGGAUGGGUAAAGAUUGUGUCAACCUCGUUUGAUGAAAACAAUUUGACUAAGAUGAGUGGAUUUUUGCUACGGGAGGACAAGCGUUUGGCAUCAGCUAUUUUGUAGUUAAAACCGCAUGAAUACAGGAAAUUGGUCGCAACAUCAAUUGGCCGAGCAGAUCGAGGAACAUUUUUUAGCAGGAAGUUGUAAGAACGCUUCUGUCUAUCACUAGAUUCACUGGCGAUCAGGUGAACAAGUGAGUCGAGACGCCUACAUUCUUCAGAGGGAAUAUCGGAGAUGUUCCCGUCGAAUAAAUGUCCAAGAAUUGUCAGCAAAGAGCCAAACUUUAGCAUAAAGUCAUUGCAGUGGCCAAGUGCAGACAGAUUAAGCUGCCGACCACUUACAACGGGUGACGACUGACUAGUAAUAUCAUCUGACUUAGAUUUAGGUAAAGCUUCUGACUUACGUUUAGUUAGGCCAUGUUUACUUACAAGAGCCGAGAGCUUACGUCGACCAGUGACUUUUGGUCUCAUCUUGUCUCGAGGCAAUUUGCGAGUAAGAAAACUUUUGACAGAUAAGUUGACUGAAUUUCAGCUAGGGGCUAACGAUGUAAAAAUAAAUUACAACAGUUAGAGAGAAAUCGGAUGCACAAAAUGAGAAUUGCAGGGUGCGAUUAUUGAACAACGGGCAUAGACUAGCAGAACUCAAAAGGAGAUGGCAGCAGGCAGUUCUGAGAGAAGAGGCCUGUAUUUAAGGAAAUUUAACCAAAAAAACAGGUACUUAAAUCGUUAGGUCUCACAGAAAAACCACUUAAAAUAAUAUCCUCCACUUAUCUUCAAAUUUAAAACCAGCGGCUCGACCUUGACCUUGUCUUGAUCUGGCUCUAUAACAAGAUCACCGCCAACGAAAUCGACGAUGCAAUAUGCGCUGAAUUACCUGACACCGACGUCGCCAAUUAUUUGCAUGAAGUUGUGGCAAGGAAUAAGUUAUAUGGACCUUGAGGUGCAUUGAAUCCCAAUUCUCCCCCCCCCUCCCCACCCCAUCCCCAUGCUCCGCAGUUACCGGUAACAACUGAAGUCCCUUAUAGCAAGGACGAUCAGCGGAAGACGUUGGCAAAUUAGCAACCGUACGAAUACGAACCGGUGACAAACAAGUCGGUAACCGCUGGGUUGUUUCGUAUUCGCUUUUACUCUUAGAAGUAAAUGAAGUUCACAUAAACGUGGAAAACUCCGGGAAAUGAAUUAGGUACAUUUGUAAGUACGUGAAUAAAGGCAGUCAAGUGGCCGUUUUCGGCCUCCCCCACACGAAAGGACAGAAAGGGAUGCGGAACUACAGCUAGAUAAAAUAGCACAGUAUCAGGCUGGAAGAUGCGUCAACAGCAACAAAGCCGUGUGGCGAAUUCAUUCAUUCCUCAUCCAUUAGCGAAGUCCCGGUGUUGUUCAUGUGCAGUACACUUAGUGAAUGGGCAAUGUGUAACAGAUUGUCUUAGGUCCACUGGCCACAACAUUAACUGUGUUAUUCACGUUAAGCCAAACUGACGCGUUUGCGAACUGUCAGUACCGGGGUUGAAGGAAUUUUCUUCUGAUUUGCGCCAGGAUGGACUGAGAAAACGUUCCUAAUAAGAUUAAUUUUGACAGCAGUAUGAUCCAAAAAUGACAUAGCCUUAGCACUUGCAUUCUCCGAAAUAGCUACAACAUUGCUACCCGGCGGAAGGAUUGUUUAUUCUGCUUUGAAAUUGCCGUUGAACGUGUAAUUCAUUGAUACUCCCACGUACAACAAUUCCAGCGCAUCUGGCACGGGAAAAGAACUACAGAAAUGCAAACUUAGUGUUUGGAUUAAAUGCACUAUGACUCGAGGCCAAUGAUCGAACACUGCAUGGUUUGCGCGGACAACAGCCGAAGAAAUAAGUGUCUGUCUGAAAUACCCUACUUUGCGGCGCCAUGUUCAGACGAUAAAAUAAACUACAGUCCAGUUUCAAAAUGUCCGAACAGCUGAGAUAUUCUCACACAUUAACCGGUACCGUUCAUUUCUUAACUGCCAGCAAUUAAUCUGAAUUCAAGAUGCAGUUCCCUACCUUCACCUUCGGAAGUUUAGUGUCCUUAAAAGAAGACUUGGUUGGAAAGGUAUUUUCCAAUAUACAGACUAUUCAGAUUGGCAAAGUUGAGAUAUCCGGGUUGAUUAAUUGAAGGCGAAGACAGGCUCUCCGGAAGAGGUUUAUUUAAGUGCUGACGUUUCAAAGAGCUGGGUCGGCUCUUCAUUGUCAAAGCGUAAAAUGCACUUAAUCGAUCAGAAAUUUAAUUUAAAGUGGCAGUCGUGUUGGCCGGCCUCAUGCUGACUAAUUAUACCACUGGAUUGGUUGGGCGAACGAGCUAUUCUUGCGGCCAAGAACAAAGAUGUGUACCAUCUUCACCAUAUAAUUCAGUGUAGGAUUCAAAGCGAACCAGUCAUGUACACGUCCGUUGACACUGUUGUGGACGCAGACGAGGCAGUAACUCAUCCAACAGAAUUUUUUGAAUUCACUUGAUCUGCCAGGGAAGCCGCCGCACGUACUGCAAUUGAAAAUCGGCAUGCUGACUACCAUGUUGCGUAAUAUCAACCAGUCGAAACUUCACAACGGCACGCGACUUGCAGCAAAAAUUAAUGAGGCAACGUCGUGGAAGCAACUGUUUCGGCAGGACCUUCCAAAGUUGAACAUGUCCUGAUUCCACUCAUUCCAACUGAUAUGUUAUUCCAGUUUAGGUGACCGCAGUUGCCGAUUGGAUUGUCGCUUGCAAUCACCAUCAACAAAGCUCAGGGUCAAUCUCUAGAACUGUGCGGUUUGAAUCUGCAAAACGGAUUGUUUCUCACGUAGCCAACCAUGUUUUACCUGCUCCAGAGUCGGCAAACCAGAAAAUCUAUGUCUGCACAGACAAAAUGCAUUGUAUGCCCACAAGCAUUAUGAAAUUAAGCAUAUUCAAAACACGUCCCCUGUCCACUUUACAUCGUUCCCCAUGUCAUCACAUUGCGCCACAGCAACGCGCGGUGGGGAUCCAGCUAGUAGGCUGAUAAUUAUUUACGAAACUGAAUGACUUUAAACAAAUGCCCAGUGUCGACCUUGAGCGCUGCCAUGGCAGAGCGGCCCCACACUAUCCAAAUGAUGCCAGGAGGGUUUUAUUCUAACCAGCAUUGAAAUCCUUGCGGUUUACGCCUGAAGCCCUUGGACCUGUGAGUUGAGUAAGCUCUCAACUCUAAACUUUACUGUCACAUAAUAAUCAGAGCCCGUUUUGGCACUGCAGCAUGAGAGAAACCGUACCCGAAGCGCUUUACUGGAGCAAAGAAGAGGUAGCAGACUGGAUUGUAGAACUAGGCUUUCCAUAUUACCGAGUAAAUAAACAAUCAAAUGCAUUUACACAGGCCUGUUUUCUUGACAAUCUUAUAGAUGGUAGGAAACUUAUAACUGUUGAUGCAUCAGCAUUACCGAAAAUGGGUAUCCAAAAUUUUGAGCACAUCCUGGUAUUGCACAAAAUUCGCUAACUUCCCAGGCAAUUUCCAAAGAAAUCAGAAAGAUUCUACACUUGGAGAAACCCAACUAUUACCGGACAAUUAGACUUCCACCCAGAAAUACUACUGGUAACGUAGUAAAUGCUGCUGAAAUAUGACGCUUAGGCAUGUUUCUGGAAAUGA